UUUCAGUUCCUCAUUAUAUUCUUCCAUUUGUAAUAUUAGUGAUCUAAAGCUAAAAGUACGAAAAUGAAGGUCUUGGCAUCUUUGGCUUUGCUGGCUUUGGUAAAUUAUGCUUAUGCGGCAGACACGACAGUUGUAAAAUCUUGUCAUGAUGCUCUUUUACCAGAAGUAAAAGUGACUAUCGACAACACAGUGUGUGCAGAGGGACCUUGUGUAGUCGGAACUGGAUCAGAUGUUUCUGUAAUGGUUUCCUUUGAUACCCCUGUCAAAUUGGAGCACAUUAAGGCGAAAUUUGUAGCUUCGGGAUCAAGUGGUGAUAUAGAAAUACCCCUGGACCAAGACGACGCUUGUGUAGGAAUUGUGAACACGAAAUGUCCAGUGGCUGCUAACGAUCACGUUGAUUAUGAAUAUACUACGGUUCUAGAUGAAGAAUAUCCCGAGGGGGAUGCUACAGUGACUAUCACUUUACUUGACGAGGACAACGAUGAUGCUGAAGUGAUAUGUUUCUCCCUUGACAUUUCAAUUAAGAAUUCGUAAUGUAGACAUUUAUACAAAUAUAAACAGAAAAAUAUAUAAUGUAGAUGUUGAAAUAUUUUAAUGAAAAUAAAUAGGUAACUGAAA